AAUACUCCGUACGUGUUUAAGGCGGUUUUCGUAAAACUGACGUCAUACACAAAAAUAAAAACAUUCGAACGCCAAUUUUAAACAAUUACACGUCAGUUUUAAAUAUAACCGACGUCAAACAAACUUGUUAGGACGGUUUUUCAAGAACCGACGUUAAAAGGGUGACGUAGUAUGUCAUUCUUGUAGUAGUGAAUCUAUUUCUCUAUAUCGUUCCAAUCUUAUCACAUGUUUUCGAAGGGACAAAAAAAUUAUUUCUAAGUUGAAACAUUACAUUAAUUUUUUCCGUAAGACCUACAUCAUUUAGUACGUAAUUAGCACGAAGCCUUUUAAAAAUUGGGACGGCCUUGAAAUCCAUGCAAAGCCAAGCUUUUGGAACUAAAAAAUACCCAGUAAUUAGUUAUAUUAUUGCUUAAUUUAGAACAAAGUUAUUAUGAUUUAGUUCACUAACAUAUGUUCAAGGGAAAAUCUACUUUGCAGUUAUAGUAGGCUGAAGUUCAGAAGAACUUAUUCUUCUUCAAUUUUUUAAUGGUUUGGAUAAUGUGAUAUCAAUGGCUGGGUAUCAUAGGCAAAAGCUGAUCUUAAGUUUGGUAAACAACUUUAACGAGUACGGAGGAAAGGCACAGUAUGUGGCUUGGGCCAACGAGAGGGGCCAAUCUCUAUCUUCCGAUGAUGAUUUCUUCACUAAUUCCGUAGUCAAAGAAUAUUACAAGAAUCACAUUAAGACUGUGCUUACGAGGAAGAACACCAUUACUGGAACUGCAUACAAGGAUGAUUCUACAAUAAUGGCUUGGGAGCUGAUGAAUGAACCCAGAUGUCCCUCAGAUGCGUCUGGAAAAACCCUACAAGUUUGUUUUCUUAAUCUUACACUCAGUAUGUAAGCCGCAUUUUUUAUUUUAUAAACGGUAAUACAAAAGUACGAUGUGUUUAAUUGAAACAUGUACGACAUUGGUCAAAGUUAACAUCUUUGAUCAUAAAAGUCACUUGUGAAAACAUUAAAACUUGAAUGAGGGAGUUUUAUUUAUUUAUUUAAGGAAUUAAGCUUGAGAUCUACAAUUAGGUUAGGAUUAUAUAUGCCAAAAAAAUCCCCAGGAAAGCCAUCUGAAUAGUACUUAUAGUAGAAAAAUGUUUUGAAACUCAGGUGGAAAGUAUUGUAUUAACCUAAAAUGAAAAUAUUAAGC